GGCAUCGCGCAAGCUGUGCGCCUGCAGGACCAGCUCGGCAACAAGGUCGACCUCGCCAUCUAUGAGCGAGCGAGCGAGGUCGGCGGCGUCUGGCGCGACUCUACCUGGCCCGGCACGGCCGUCGACGUCCCGAUCCACCUGUACUGCCUCUACUCGCACCUCAACCCGGGCUUCUCGUCCAAGUGGGCAGGGCGCGACGAGGUCCUCGCGUACUGGAAGCGCAUCGUCCGCCGGCACCGUCUCGAGCGCUCGUUCACGUUCGACACCGAGUUCGUCAGCUCGCGGUGGGACUCGCUCGCGCAGCAGCACACGGUCACGUUCCGCAACGUCAAGUCGGACGAGACGUUCGACGUCGUCGCCGACGUCCUCAUCGCCGCGACGGGCGCGCUCAACAAGCCGAUCGUGCCCCACGUGCCGGGCAAGGACAAGUUCAAGGGCGUCCAGUGGCACUCGUCGCGGUGGCGCAACGACGUGCCUCUCGAGGGCAAGCGCAUCGCGAUCGUCGGCAGCGGCUCGAGCGGUAUCCAGGUCAUCCCCAACAUCUGCGCCAUCCCGGGCAUCGAGAUCAUGCAGUUCAUCCGCUCGCCGGGCUACUACCGGCCCAAGCACAAUUUCGAGUACCCGCUGUGGAAGCGCCUCCUGUUCCGCAUCCCGGGCGUCCUGCGCCUGUACCGGUGGACAAUCUUUUACGAGUACGACAAGGCCAUCUUGUCGCGAGGUACGGGCACGUGGUCGUCCGACUUGCGCGAGAGCUCGGCCAAGGGUAUCAUCGACUACAUGAAGUCGCAGGCGCCCGAGAAGUACUGGGACGCCAUCAUCCCCAAAUACCCCAUGCACUGCAAACGCGUCGCGUACGACGCCGGGUGGUUGGCGUCGUUGCAGCGCGACAACGUCGACUUGACGACGUCGCCGAUCGUCGCCGUCGACGAGACGGGCAUCCUGACGGCCGACGGGCGCCACCACGCCGUAGACUACAUCGCGUGGGCGACCGGGUUCGAGGUGUCCGAGACGGGCGUCGGGCUCAACAAGGGCGUGUACGGCGAGGACGGCAAGGAGCUGCGCGAGACGUGGAAGGCGCACGGCGGCGCGUUUGGGUACCUCGGCGUCGCCGUCCCCGGCGUGCCCAACUACUUUGCCGUGCUCGGGCCCAACGCGAUCGCCAUGUCGUGGGGCUACUCGCUCGGCGCGAAUGUGCGUCCCCCCUCGCACUCCCUCUCUUUCUCGGUCCUCGACUCGACGCCGCGACCUCGUUCCUGA